AUGUGUGGGUUCCGGGAGACACUAAGAGCGGACAUAGACGUGGGGCGGUUUCAGAGGGAGGAGACAGCAGCGCGCAACAUGAACCUCGUGCUGGUGUCGCACGGGCUCACCCUGCGCGUCUUCCUCAUGUGUUGGUACAAGUGGACAGUGGAGCAGUUCGAAUGGCUCUACAACUUCCCCAACGCCGGCUGCAUGAUCAUGCAGCUGGGGCCGGGCGGCAGGUACAGCCUGCGCAUGCACCACAGCCGCGAGGAGCUGAGGGCGUUUGGGUUGACAGAGAGCAUGAUCGAUGACCAGGAGUGGCAAAUCACGGCCAAGCCGGAGGAUUUGAACCCAUGCUGGCUGACGUCAGGCACGGGGUUCUUUGACCACUUUGAUUAG